AUGUAUCGGAAGUUGUCUAAGUUAGAACACUCGGAAAUAAAACAACUUCUUACAGAAGCUAAUAUAGAUGUUGCAAAGCAUUACGCAACAAACAAAAAGGCACUCGCUGACAUCCUCAAUGACUACAAUGGUGAAAUAACUUAUGAUAGAAUUCAUGAGUUCAUAAAUGCAAGAGCAUUUCCUUUAAAUGACGUUGCUAUUGACUUAUAUCAUAGACGUUCAAUACCUCAUGAAGUAAGAAGAGAAAUGUUUGACAUAACAAAUGCAAACGUUGGUGAAACAAGAAGAAGAGACGACACACUGAAACAACAGAGAAGAGAGAUGUUUAAAAGUGCUAUAGAACAAGUUCGCAAAGCUAACGAUGUCAUUCGUUCCAUUGACGACAAACCAAAAGAAGGUGAGAGAUGGUUAAAGAAAGAUGAAGAGAAUAGGAAGAGAAAUGUGAAGUCUGGCAAUAGACUCAUUGACUUUAACAUCGAAGCUUUAGAUGAACCAAACAGAGACUAUUUACACAAACAUUUCGGUAAGGUUUUCAUGAGACUCUUAGAGACGAUUAAAAUAAACUCCCAACAAAGAUGGAUGGUAUGUUAUAAACUUGGUGGAAAGUAUGAAUGUUCUACGUUAAACCUCAAUAAUAUUGGAACAUUACUACAUCAGCUCUUGAAGGAGAACUUUAUAUCAGAGAUAGAAGCAAAUGCCGCAGGUAUUGUUGAAAUGCACUAUGACUUCUUCUUGACAAACAUAAAGAAUCUUACUGAAAUAAAGAUGUAUGAUUUAACUGAAUAUGAAGGCUUAACGAUGUCAGAUGUUAAGAAAGGCAAACCAAAAAAGAGACCAUAUAGAGAUGAAAGCACACUGACAAAUGACCAGAAAGCCAUUUUGGAAGCUCUUAAGCAAACAGGAAACCCAGCACUUAUAGAAAGCUUUUGGAAAGAUAA